GCUGAAUGUGAAGUUUCCUGUGUUUGUCAGAGACACAUACUUCCAGUUCUAACCAUGGGCUGACACAUACAGACAACACUUCCAUAUGAUACCAGAAUAUUUUCCCUGCAAAGAAGUAUUCAAAAAAAAAAAAAAAAAAAACUUUUUGGAACUCUGGAAAGCAGAAGAGAGAUGGCAAAAAUGAACACUACUAAGAGCCUGGACUAUAUCGAUUUAGCAUCUUUGAGAGACCCUGCAGGAAUCUUUGAGCUGGUUGAAGUUGUUGGAAAUGGGACCUAUGGACAAGUCUACAAGGGUCGACAUGUUAAAACAGGCCAGCUAGCAGCAAUUAAGCUUAUGAAUGUGACAGAGGAAGAAGAAGAAGAAAUAAAACUUGAAAUAAACAUGCUGAAGAAGUACUCACACCACAGAAACAUUGCUACAUACUAUGGUGCUUUUAUCAAGAAGUGCCCAGCGGGACAGGAUGAUCAGCUCUGGCUGGUUAUGGAGUACUGUGGAGCAGGGUCGGUUACAGACUUGGUGAAAAAGACCAAAGGCAACUGCUUUAAAGAGGACUGGAUUGCAUAUAUAUGCAGAGAGGUUCUACGGGGUCUGGCUCACCUCCACGCUCACCAUGUAAUUCAUCGGGACAUUAAAGGACAAAAUGUUCUUCUUACAGAAAAUGCAGAAGUGAAGCUGGUUGACUUCGGUGUAAGUGCCCAGUUGGACAGAACUAUAGGGAGAAGAAAUACAUUCAUUGGAACCCCGUACUGGAUGGCACCCGAGGUCAUAGCAUGUGAUGAGAAUCCAGACUCAACAUAUGACUAUCGAAGCGAUCUUUGGUCUUUGGGAAUCACAGCCAUAGAAAUGGCAGAAGGAUCUCCCCCCUUGUGCGACAUGCAUCCCAUGAGAGCUCUCUUCCUAAUUCCCAGGAACCAGCCACCAAAACUGAAAUCAAGGAAAUGGUCAAAGAAAUUUCUUCAUUUUGUUGAUAAUUGCCUAAUUAAGAACUACACACAUCGCCCUACAACAGAAACUCUGCUAAAACAUUCCUUUGUUAGAGACCUACAAAAUGAACGUCAGAUACGCAUCAUGUUGAAAGACCAUCUGGACAGGACCAGGAAAAAGAGAGGAGAGAAAGAUGACACAGGAUAUGAAUAUAGUGGGAGUGAGGAGGAAGAUGAUGAAAUGAAUGAAGAUGAAGGGGAGCCAAGCUCCAUUGUUAAUCUUCCUGGUGAAUCGACUCUCCGUCGUGAAUUCUUGCGAUUGCAGCAGGAAAACAAGAACAGAUCAGAUCCUCAGAGACAAGAGCAAUUACAGAAGCUAAAAGACCAGGAGAAAUACAAAAAGCAGCUCCUGGCGGAGCGCCAAAAACGAAUCGAGCAGCAGAAGGAACAGAGGAAAAAGCUGGAGGAUCAUCAGAAGAGGGAACUGAAACUAAGAAAAAUGCAGGAAUGUGAGCCAAGGCUGCUGGAGAGGGAAGGACAGAAGAGAGAUGGAAGAGGAAAAGAGAGCAGGAAACACGUGGAUAAGGAGAAAGGUGUAUUGGCAGAUAUAAAUGAUGGAAACAAAAGGAAACAGCAUGAAGAUAUAAGACAGAAAGUGGAUGGAAGAUGCAACCCAACUGAAGUCUCACCACUUGAAAUGAAAACUGAGGAAGUUCAAAACCAAAAGAAGUUUCACCGCACGCUGCCCAAAGACCAGAGCCAGUUAUUAUUUCUCCAACAUGAUAACAUGGGGAAGAACUCAGAUCCACCAAAACACACCUCAGAUCAUCCAACUGUUUGGCCUAUUAAUAAGACACCAGAAAAGAAAAACACAAGCAUUGACCAGGGAAUAGUUAAAUGGCCAGGCUUCAUACAACAAGCGCAUGCCAGGCUUGGGUCUGGAAGCAGUUCUAGCCCAUGCACACCAGCGCUGCCAAGAGCUAUUCUGGAGAAUGAAAAUCUCCGCUCCAGUAGAGACAAUCACUGCAGCAGCUCCCUGUCUGACAUGAUCAUAACUCCUCUGACCCCGGGAAAAGAUGAUGUGUUCUGGAGCGCCCUGCAGGUUGAAGAACAGCCUCCUAAGGUUCCAGAGAGAACCACAUCGAAGUUUUAUAAGGAUAGUCGAGGCCACCAAAGAAGUCCAUCAGGUGGUUUCCUUCUGCAGUCCAAAGAACAGCCCGAAGAGACAAAAAGUAUCAGCACCACUGGAAAUGUCAGUCAGAGCAGCAGAUUAAAGCCAGGUUCAUCUAAGAAUAGCCAAGUACAGAAUUAUCCUCAACAAUUAGGAAAACCUGACAGUGAACUUCAUCUGGAUUCUCGAAAUAUUUCCAGCCCCAAAUUCAUAGCAAAAGGAAAAGACAGUAACAGCUCUUACUUAAAAGCAUCAUAUUAUUCUUCAUCCAGUGAUGAGAUUGGCAGCAGCGAUGAUGAUAUGCAGAAAAAGAGGCAACCACUGAGCAAUGGUAUGGUGAAUAUCUCAAGGACAAGAGUUCCAGAUGGAAUAGCAGAGAAACCCCAAAGCAACAUCCACAGAGACAAGGCAGCUGAACAGCAAAGUUGUAGCAGCAAUCAAGUACUCUGCAGCUCCUACAAUCAAAACUAUCUGCUGCCAGAUCUCUUACAACAGAGCCAUCCUUCAGAGACGUCAGUUAAUCAGCACAAAACCCCUCAAAAGAGCCACAAACCUAGCAACAAAUCUUCAAAUGAUCAGACACCAAAUGGUGGAGAUCCGCAACCAAAGAAUAGCUCAUCUUCCACGACAUCAUUUAGUGCAUUCAUCGACCCAAGACUCCUGCAGUUCUCACCUCCGACAAGUCCCACAGUUUCCCCUAGUGGCAUAAAAGUGGAGCCUUUCCGCAGAGAAAACGCAAGGAAAGGAUCGGUUGUCAAUGUUAAUCCGACAAAUAUUCGACCUCAGAGUGACAGCCCGGAGAUUCGCAAGUAUAAGAAGAAAUUCAAUUCCGAGAUCCUGUGUGCUGCUCUCUGGGGUGUUAACUUGUUGGUGGGAACAGAACAUGGCCUAUUGUUCCUUGACAGGAGUGGACAGGGGAGAGUUUAUUCCCUAAUCAGCAGGAGAAGAUUUUACCAAAUUGAUGUCCUAGAAGGGCUGAAUAUUCUAAUCACUAUUUCAGGCAAAAAAAACAAACUGAGAGUUUAUUACUUAUCAUGGCUGAGGAAUAAAAUUCUACGGAAUGAUCCAGAGGUAGAGAAAAAACAAGGCUGGGUCUCAGUCGGAGAUCUAGAAGGCUGUGUGCACUACAAAGUUGUUAAAUAUGAAAGAAUAAAAUUCCUUGUUAUUGCUCUGAAGAACUCGGUGGAAGUGUAUGCAUGGGCGCCAAAGCCAUACCAUAAAUUUAUGGCUUUUAAGUCAUUUUCAUCUCUACAUCAGAAACCACUAUUUGUUGAUCUAACAGUAGAGAAUGGGCAAAGGCUGAAAGUUAUCUUUGGAUCUGUGGUGGGUUUUCAUGCCAUUGAUGUGGACUCAGGGACAGUCUAUGAUCUUUACCUGCCUACUCAUAUACAGGGAAAUAUUCACCCACAUGCCAUCAUCAUUCUGCCAAACACCAAUGGCAUGGAGCUGCUGCUGAGCUAUGAGGAUGAAGGAAUUUACAUUGAUACUUAUGGACACUUCACUAAAGAAACAGUCCUGCAAUGGGGUGAAAUGCCUGUCUCUGUUGCUUAUCUCCAGUCUAACCAAAUAAUGGGCUGGGGAGAGAAGGCAAUCGAACUGCGCAAUGGAGACAUGGGUAAUCUAGAAGGUGUGUUCAUGCACAAGAAGGCACAGAAGUUAAAGUUCUUGUGUGAAAGGAAUGACAAGGUAUUUUUUGCUUCAGUACAGUCUGGUGGCAGCAGUCAAAUUUACUUCAUGACGCUUGGACAAAAUGCUCUGUUCAACUGGUAACCAUGGUGAUGGCUCUGGAGGAAUUACAAAUAAAGUGGUGGCUGAUUGGCACUUUUGCAUUAGUAUGCACUAUAAACCAAAAAAAUACUAGUGGUGCUGGUGACUUGGCUGUAGUGGAUGCACUUGUUGGGUAUUAGGAAGAUACACAUGUAGCAUUGUAAUGUUUCAGUGGGUUUAUAUCUACUAUAUGCAGCAUGAAUUUUGCACAGAAGUCAUUUUAAUGCUAUAGUAACAGUCAGCUCCCCAGCUAUUGCUGACCAAGGACAUUGGGAGUCGAAGUUUUGAGAGUUGCAGAAAAAAAUGUCACUUCAAUAGACUGGAGGUUCUCAGUCAUGUUAUAUAUGUUUAAACUUAUGAAAACAAGCAUCACAUACAUUUUGCUGGUACAAUACCUGGGUAAUUUCAUAAUAAUUUAUCUCAUAUUACUUAAAAUCUGAUCUAUUACUAAUUGUGUAUGCAAACACAAUUCUAUUGUUACCAAGAUUUUAACAAUUGACUAAGAAAAUUGUGUAUUCUGGAUAGCUGCCAAACUCCAUUAUAUUGCACUUUUGCCACAGAAUUUAAUCAUGCUCCACCGACACUGUAAUAUAAAUCUUACUUGAAGGACAGAAAAUUCUAUUUAAAUAUAGAAACCCUAUACUCUGCAAUGUAAAAUAUAUAUGUAAUAUAGUGUGAGUGACAUUUUAGUUAUCAGAUGAAUGCAUGAAAAGCUAAUCAAUUUUAUGUAUGUAGAUGAAGUUACUUUGAUAUUGUAAUGCCAUUCCAAAUGAUUCUAAUAUGACAUAAAUAAGAAUUUAUGAUAAAACUGAUAAACUCCUUAUAAUAAUUCCUCUGUGAUUAGAAACAUUAUAUAUUUUAACAUGUUUAAAAAUGGCAGGCUACAACUCUUUAGCCUUAUAAAGAUUUCUAGCUAAUACUUUUGCGGUUUACAGCCAGUGUGAACUAAAUUUCGGGGUAUAUUUAGUUUUAUGCCUCAUCCUGUGUUAUUCUAUGGGAGUCAUUCAUCAGACAGAGAUGUCAUGACACUUGAAUUAAUUUACCUUAUAAAUACUGCCUCAAGACAUUUCUAUUUCACAAGAGAUAAGAAUUCUGAUGAAUUAGCCUUAUGAACCCACUUUAUGCAUAUGCUGUAUUUAAUUUCUACAUUUUCUACAUAAGGAUUAAAUGGAACCUAAUGUUUAAAAAUUAUAUACAGUAUACUGAAAUGCAUUGUUUACUGAAUGCUGCAAAUAAUAUCCAUUUAUUACUUUUAGCAUACAUGUGUCACAGCCCUUUCAUAAACGUCUAUACUGUAAGGUCGGGAGGCGGUCGUUAG